AUGCCGUUUAGUUGGAAGAAGAAAACUAGGUGCACGAGGUUUUCGCAAUUGGUAGCCGAUCAUCUUCAAUCGCCGAAACACGGUGGCUCUCUUGUUGUGGAAACCGGUUUCCCAACGUCUCUUAUUGAUCUCUACGUCAGGAAUCGCGGUCGUUUUCGUAAAUCCUCGGCGAAGAAACAGAGGGAAAAUGAUUCUCAGACUUCGUUGUCGACGUCGACGUCUUCGUCAUCAGGUUUGUUCGUAGAUCCCAAUAAUUUUUCGUCCGGUAAUUCGGAUUAUACGAGAAGUGAUGAAAUCAUCGAAGAGGAUAUUGUUGUUGAGAGUAUGGUUUCGAGCGACGAUAAAAUCGAGAUUGACAAUCCUACCAAAUCGGAAGUGGAAAAGAAGGAUGAAAUGGCAAAGUUGAAUCCGGUAUUGGUGGCUGCAUUGAAGGUUUUGUUUAUGUUGGUUUUGGCGUUAGGAACAAAGAAAUUUACAGUUGGGAUUACAUUGUCAGCUUUCCUUCUUUUCUUCCUGGAAUCGGUAGUGAAGCAAUUGUUGGGGAGAUCGAGCUCAAGAAGACCUAGUUUAGAUUCAAAACCUCAAUUUGAAUCUAACUUCCAUGAAACCAAGAGUAUGAAAAGAUCAAAGGAGAAUACAACUCUUGUUGUAUGCAGUGAAGUCUUGGAGAUUGAAGAACAAGUAGAAUUAAAGGAGGAGGUUAGAUCGGAGAAAGAAUUAGACGAAGUUAAAAGUGAGAUUGUGAUGGAAAUUAGGCAUAAAACUUCUCGUAGAGCUAUACUGAAAUCAAGAAUGAAGAAACUUGUACCAAAGAAACUCCAUAAGUCUUCCAUUGGUUCAAAAGGCGAAAUACCUUGUGUGUUCAAAGAAGAAGAAACAGUGAAAUGUGCCCAAGAUCUUAAACCAGUACUCAUCUGUAAUGAAUCUUCAGAUUCAAAAGGUGAGACUUUGUGUGUCUUGAAGCAAGAACAGGACAAUAUUGUAGAAAUAGAAGGACGACCUUCAUCUUCAUCAUUAACUUUAUCAAGUGAAACUGAUUGCAAUGACAAGGAUUUAGGAAAGGGAUCACAACAGAAUUCUGGGUAUUUGGUUCUGUGCUUGAUUGUUCUAAUUGGACUGAUUGGAGGCCGGAUUUUGGCACUUGUCCUUGCAUUAUCAUGGUGCUUAAUACUGAAGAAGGCAGAAUGGAGAAGUGUAAAGUUUCCCAACUCCUAA